AUGUCGUCUGCUCCUUCGUUUGGUCUAAUGAUUGGUCUACCUCUAUGUGGAAAACUUGCAGAUUUUGUACAUUCAAAGAAAUAUCUGUCUACUCGUUCUGUUAGAGUCCUAUUCGAAACCUUUUCUAUGAUUAUUCCAGCAGGUCUGUUGGCUGCCAUAGGAUUUCUUAGAUGUGACCAUACCAUUUUAAUAACUUCGUUUUUGUUUCUCAGUGGUAUAGCAAUAUCACUUACCAGUGGUGUAGCCCUCGUUAAUAGCAAUGACAUUGCCCCGAGUUAUGUUGGUAUUAUAUUUGGAAUUGCGAACACUUUUGCUGCAGCAUCGGGCAGCAUUAGUUCCUUAUCUGCAAAGGCUCUCACCCCAAACGAUACACAAGAGGAAUGGCAGAUCGUGUUUGCAUUAUGUGCUGCUAUAUGUGUAUCUGGAGCAAUAAUCUUUGCAAUAAUGGCAAGAGGAGAAAUCCAAGAAUGGGCAAGAUCACAAGAAACUGGAUCAUGUGGUAAUGUGGCCGACGUGAAUAUCAAUACUAUUGCUUAA